UUCGCAUUGGUCACAUGGAACGUAGCCAUAUGUGAGUUAUACUUGCUAUGUGUUCCGUACGUUACGGUAUUUAUUUAAUUAAAGUACACCGCGAAAUUUCGCAUUGAUGCGCGGGAUCACAAAUCGCCGGUGACGUUCGAUUCAGCGUCGAAUGUAGCACGAGAUUUGGAUCUGGCUUGGCCUAACCUCACCCGAAUUUACCUGAUUUGAUCAAACCGAACCAGACUCAAUACGACUCGAGGAGAUUGGAUCUAACCGCAUCGUUAGGUUAGGGACGCGCGCGUUUCAGUUUCGUUUGCUGCGCUUACGCUGCAUUAUGAACUUCUCGGAGGAGCAAAUAGUCGACCUGUCGAGCGUCCAGGUUACAACGCCGCUCUUAGAAAUGGCCAUCCAAGCGGGCUCGAACGUCAACUCUUUCCCGGAGUGCAAUAGUGGCGGGAAUAUGCAGUCUCAGGAGACACCAGUUAUGUCAGCGAUCACCGGCCAAAAGAUGGAUGCACAGACUCAAUUUGAGCAGCAGCUGCAAUGUAAUACAGCAAACAUCAUGACUGAGCCUUCAAAGUGGUGCAGUGAUCCUCUAUUAUCACAAAUGCUGCAACACCUGGUGAGACAUAAGGGGCCACAGAUAAGGGAGAAAGAGGAGGAGCGGAAAGUGGAGCAUCUGCAAAGUAAUAUUCUGAAUAUACCCAGUGUGCCGAUAUUCCGGAAUGCUCAGUCGCAGAACAGCAGCAGUUUGGCGAAUGUCGAUUCGAUGCUGGUGGUUCCAGUGGAUUUGAACGUACACUUGGAAAACGAGCAGGAGAACGAGAGCAAUCCGCAACCAGUCAUUAAAGUGGAACAACAAGUGCAAACUGACCCACCGAAAAUAGAGAAAAAAUGGAAAUCGUUUCGUGCGAAAAUAGGCGAGAUCAAAAUCACUGUCAAUCCUGACGGAUCGAAAUAUUAUUAUUGCCGAGAAUGCAACUCCUAUUGUUCGAACAAGGCGAACGUGGAUAAGCACAUACAGGCACACAUACAGGAAAGAAAAUACGAGUGCAAGGAAUGCGGUGCUUUAUUAAAGAGAAAAGAGCACCUGGACCAACAUAUGCGCGGUCACUCGGAUGAGCGGCCCUACAAGUGCUCGCUGUGUGAGAAGGCAUUCAAGAGAAACGAACACUUGACGAGGCACUCCGUCAUCCAUUCCGGCGAUAAGAACUUCUCAUGUACGGUGUGUCACAAGGCGUUCUCACGCAAGGAUCACUUGAAUAAGCAUACGCAAACGCAUUCUGGCAUGCGAAAAAACAAGAUGAAAAAUAGUAUUUAUUACAUGGACCAGAAGGAUUCGUUCGACAAGAGCGCUGAUGUGGCGACGAUACCUAAGCAAGAGGUCAAACCUGUCUUGACGGACAGCAUGCCGAAACAAGAGAACAUUCUUUCUCAAAUAUCGGAGAGCGUUUUCCUUCAGAAUCUUCAAAACAUCGUGAAAGAUCCUGCGAUACUGCACACAUUAACCUCGCUCAGGGUACAAAUGCCGAGAGAAGGCGGUGUGUUGCAGCAAGAGGACGUUAGUACGGACGAUAUCUUGUCUGAUAACGUAAGAUACGUAAUGCCGUCUUAGCCGUAAGCAAAGUCCGAAGCAAUAGCAGAUUUAUAACGGUCGUUGAUGUACCCAUGAAAAAAAUUGCCGUAAGUAAGCUGAUUAUCAUUUUCCAAUAAUUUUUUAGCUCCUAGGCACCGACGUUGUGAAUAUAAAAGUUGGCUAAUUGGCUAAAAAUUCACAACGCGAGCGGAACGCGCGAGUGAUAUAAAUUGUUUCCCAUCGAUAUUCUCCGCCGAUAUUUUGUUUUUAACGAAGGCGCGAAAUUUUGCCACAAAUUUUAUUCUGAAUACAAAAUGUGUCAAUACGUCAAAAUGUGAAAACGUAGGCAAUGACGUAAUCAAAUUCAAGCACGCGUUAAAUACUAAACACUAUAAAUCUUUAGCGAACUCUCGAAUCUGCAUCUUUGGUAUGAUCGUGAAGAUUUGGGACAUUUAUCAAGCUUCUUUUAUCAAACUUUAUUUCAUUCCAUCUUAGUGUGAAAGUGUUAGAGCGAUCGAUGACGAUACAACAUUUACCGACACGUGAUGCUACAAGUUGACAUUAACACCAAGUUGAGUGCCACACUGAAUGGCGUCAAAUAAUGCCCAUCUACCAUCGGUUGUCAAUAUUUUUUAGCAAAUGAUUUCACACUAGUUAAUUUUUUCUUGUGUUCUAAGAUAUUCGAGUUUCAAGCUAUUAGGUAUUAAUUACGGUAAUAUCCGAAUAAUUUGAGAGAUAGCCGAAUAUUUAAACCCGUAUUCUGAACUUUUUUUUAUCAAUAAAAGUACUUCUAAAAGUGGCUUAGGAAUUACCUGAUUGGCUGAGAAGCCACAUUUAAGAGUCACUUUUGUCGAUAAAAGAGAAUUCAAAAUACGGGCCUUAAGCAUCCGGGCAAUAUAUGACAAACUUGGAUAUUUAGGUAAAGACUUAAUUGGAGAAUAGAACUCGCCAAAGACAAACAAAAAAGUCUUAGUAAACAUAGGUCUACAAACUGAUCGUUUUCGAGAUAUUCAAUUUUUUUAUUUCUUGCAAGUCUGUUAUUUUUAUUAGUUCUUUGGAUAAUUAUAUUGAUAUCUUAAAAAUGGGAGUUGUCAAUAAAUUUCCGUGCUGCGCAAAAAACUUUUAGAACAGAUGUUAACAAAGAAAAAUGAAACGUUAGAAGUACUCUCCGAACGAUGAACCCUUUAUGGAUUUCUCGCUAAUUAGUUAUUCGUACAAAUUAAAAUGGAAUCAGCGGGCAGAUGUUAUAAAGAUAAUAAUAAUAAAAAUAAAGUGUCAAAUGUAAACGACUGUUUCUCAGUGCGGAUCACCCUCUAAUCUGAUCAUUAUCGAUCAGAACCGAAAGCAAUUUUAGGAAAAAUAAAGGAUCAAAUAGAUUUAAAUUCGCACAUUGACACGGUGUCUUCUUGUGGAUUUGAAAUUAUUACGAUUGUCUCGUUCAACACACCUUUUUGAGUACGAUAUUUAUUCUUUGUAUUACGUAUAUUAUUAUUAUUAUUAUAUUUUUCGAGAUAUUAAUUAUUUUAUGCCCGAUAUAUGCAUUUGUAUAGAGAGUUACGAUUGAAAAUAUUGAAUAUCUCGAGAAUGAUUAGUUUGUACGUAACUUAUGUUUAUUAACAUUUUUUUUUAUUUAUCUUAGCGAGUUCCAUUAGUCAGUUAAGUUGUUAUCUAGAUAGCAAGAGUUUCAUCAUAGAGUUUCUCUUGUGUAUCAUAGACUGAUGAUUUCAUUUUCUUAUUAUCAUAUUUCUCAUUAUUGUCAAAAUUAAUUUACGUAUCUGUUCAUUUUUCUACUUCACUUUCAUUAGCGGUCGUAAUUUUCCCUAACGAUUCUAGUCUAUUAAUGCAAAAUCACAACCGCUGAACUCGUGAUAAAUUUCACUAAUAAAUCGGUCUGCUUGCAGUUAAGUAGACAAGUACCACAAAUUAGAUAAGACAAAUAUACGGAGAGAAUUUUUAUUCAAUAAUAUACCAUACACUGUAUCGUGUGACUGAGAUAUAUUUGUACUACAUAUAUUAACUGUAUUCAUUCACAUUUAUGAAUAUGUAUUUAUGAAUGUGUAUUCAGAAAUCAAAUUUCAUAUAUUAUGACAAUUAAUUAACAGUUUUAUUUGAAUGUCGUUUUAACUUGACGAUACACAAAUUUAUCCUCACAUCAAGCGUCGUAUAAGCCUUAAUACUUUUUGCUAGAAUUUCUUACGAUUUUUAACCCCUUACAUAUCUAUACAUUCAUACUACCUUCAAAUAUUUCCGAUACGAGUGUAGUUUAGCCGAAGAAAUUAGUAUGGUUCUUCAAUUUAUGAAUGCUGAGAUUUUACGGAAAAAUUUUCUCCGUGUAAAGCGUAAGUAUGAUAAGUAAUUUAAGUAGGCUGAAAAGUUACGUAAAUAAUUAAAUUUCAUUCUUUUAUGAGCGAUAAUGAUAAAAUAUGUUUUGGAAGAAAUCAAUCUGCCAUUAGAGAAUAACGUAUCGCUUGAAAGGAUGAGUGGUCCACAUGCAUUAUCUUAAAAAAUCGAAAUCUGGAAAAUAGGAUAAUUUCUCGAAAAAGAUCCUGAGAUCCGGAUAUAAAAAGGAAAAUGUAAAAUAUAACAAAAACUAUCAAAAAGUUAUAUGCUGCAUCUUGGAUAUAUUUUUAAUCUCCCGAAAUACAAUUUUUUUUCAGAAACGGAAGCAUAUAAUUGUCCUGAAAAGUUAUUAGAUGUGUAAAUUAAUUCGGUGGCUUUAUUACAAAAAAUCAAAACUUAUUUAUUAAUAAAUUUAUUU